UUUUAUAUAGAUAUUUUUUUAAGUCAUCCAUUAAGGCAAUUUUCAGGCGUCAAUGUCUCAUUGCUGCGACCGUGCGGUUAUGGCGUCGAUCCUUCUCCAAGUCUUGAUAUGGAGUAUGGACUUGUCUUCCAUCCAUUUACAGAAAGUCUAAAUAAUCGCAAAAACCCGAAACCCCAAAAUCCCAAAAUCCAGAGCCAUUGAGGAAAAUCUACCGGAGUAGUAUAUUUUCAUGUCCACAGAUACAAGUAUGUUGCUACCAGUAUGUUGCUUUUUAUGGGUAAAAAAGUGAAUUCGAAGUUGUGAUAUAGGUGCAGAAGAAAGGGAAUCACGGAGGAAAGGCUCUCAUAAAAAUGGUCUCCAUCGCCGAAAUUCCUCCUCUUGCACAUCUACGAUUGACCCAAGCCCCCUUAAGAGAAGGCACUGGCUUCACCAACUCUCAGAACUGGCCAAAUUUGAGAGUUCAUUCAUAUUUCAGGAUUUCAGCAAGUGUGACGGGUCGAAAUCCUAGUUUUGCCGUUUCUAGGGAGAGGAAAAUUCAAGAAUUCAAGCUAUUCAGUUCAUUUAAACUAAAUAGAUCCGUUACCAGUGAUGAUGAGGAUGAAAUGGGGGAAGGAUUUUUCGAGGCGAUUGAGGAACUAGAACGUAUGACCCGAGAUCCCUCUGACGUGCUCCAGGAAAUGAACCAGAAACUAUCCGCACGUGAGUUGCAACUGGUUUUGGUAUAUUUUGCUCAGGAAGGGAGGGAUUCAUGGUGUGCACUGGAGGUCUUUGAUUGGCUCAGGAAGGAGAACAGAGUUGACAAGGAAACAAUGGAGCUUAUGGUGUCAAUAAUGUGUGGGUGGAUUAAGAAGCUGAUUGACACAAAGAGUGAGAUUGGGGAUAUCGUUGACCUUCUGGUGGAUAUGGAUUGUGUAGGGUUAAAGCCGAGCUUUAGUAUGACGGAGAAGGUGGUUUCUUUGUAUUGGGAGGCAGGUGAGAAGGAGGGGGCGGUUGGUUUUGUGAAGGAGGUUCUCAGGAGGAAAAUGGUUUACUCUGUUGGUGAUUCUAAAAACCCUAAGGGCGGUCCGACCUGUUUUCUUGCUUGGAAGAUGAUGGAGCAAGGGAGUUACAGAGAAGCAGCAGCAUUAGUGACUAACAUCAGAGAUUGUGGCUUGAAGCCAGAGGUAUACAGCUACCUAAUUGCAAUGACAGCAGUGUUAAAAGAGCUUAAUGAAUUCGGCAAAGCUCUGCGUAAAUUAAAAAGCUUUGCCAAAUCUGGUCUGGUUGUUGAGAUGGAUGCUGAAAACAUUACUUCCAUUGAGAAAUACCAAAAUGAACUUCUAGCAGAUGGUGUGCGUCUCUCAAAUUGGGUAGUACAAGAAGGGGGGCCGUCCCUACUUGGGACCGUUCACGAAAGGCUUCUCGCCAUGUAUAUGUGCUCCAGCCGCGGAGUAGAAGCAGAGCAACAUUUAUGGCAAAUGAAGUUUAUGGGUAAAGAGGUCAACAGAGAUCUUUACGAUAUUGUCUUAGCCAUAUGCGCUUCGCAAAACGAAGCGGGGUCAAUCGGGAGGUUACUCACCAGAAUGGACACUUCAAGCUCACUGCAGAAAAAGAAGAGUCUUUCCUGGUUGAUGAAAGGUUACAUUAAAGGCGGGCAUUUAGAGAAAGCGGCUGAAACCCUAAAGAAAAUGCUUGAGUUUGGUCUUCGUCCUGAGUUAUCGGACAGAGUGGCUUUGCUUCAGGGUUUAAGGAGAAGGAUUCAACAGCCUGGAGGCCUGGAAGCUUAUCUUGAUGCUUGUAAAUGCCUUUCCCAUGCGGAGUUGGUCGGCCCGUGUGUUGUGUAUCUGUAUAUAAAAAAACACAGGCUUUGGAUGAUGAAAAUGCUAUAAGCAACACGGUAUGUUUGACUACUAUUUGUAUAAUAUAUAAUAUACUCCGUAAUAUACUACGUAUACAUAUAAAAUACGUAGUAUAAUACUCCGUACUAUGUAUAUAAUAUAUAUGUAAAUCUUCAGUUGGUUUAAAACAAUGAUAAGUAUCUGCAUGAUUUUCAGUUUUUUGCUUAUGUGUAUGUAUAAAUGUAUGAUGUUGAAUGAUUCUUAAUG